CUGGUAAACUUUGCUACAGAAAUUCUUAAGCUUGUCCCAGGUCGAGUAUCUGUAGAGGUAGAUGCGAAAUUUUCUUUUGAUACUGAAGCAACGAUCGCCAAGGCUAGGCAUAUUAUUUCACUUUUCAAAGAAAGUGGCAUUGAUAAGUCUCGAGUAAUGAUCAAGAUUCCCUCAAAUUGGGAAGGGAUUCAAGCCGCAAAGAUACUUGAAAAAGAAGGAAUUCAAUGCAACAUGACUUUGAUUUUUUCUUUUGUUCAGGCUGCUGCAUGUGCAGAAGCUGGUGUAACAAUAAUCUCUCCGUAUGCUGGUAGAAUUCUCGAUUGGUACACGAAAAAUACCAAUAAAACAUUUAAAUCUUUCGAAGAUCCGGGCGUCAUAUCUGUGACAAAAAUUUAUAACUAUUAUAAAAAGCACGGAUAUAAAACUGCUAUAAUGGGUGCAAGCUUUCGUAACACUGGAGAAAUUGAAGAAUUAGUUGGUUGCGAUUUUUUGACAAUUAGUCCUGCGUUAUUAAAUAAGUUACAAUAUUCUUAUAAAAAAAUUGAGAGAAAAUUAAGUCCUGACACUGUUAUUUAUGACGAGAAAUCUUUCAAGUGGAUGCUUAAUGAAGAUGCAAUGGCUUCUGAGAAACUUUCUGAAGGCAUUAGGCUAUUUGCUAAAGAUAGUAGAACUUUAAUGUUUAUGUUAAGGCAACAUUUGAAUAAUGAUGAUGCUAUGGCUAAUGAAAAUAUUGAUGCUAUGGCUAAUGAAAAUAUUGAAUUAUUCUCGAGGCCUUUUCAUGAGGUUAAAGUAUCUAGUUAA